AUGAUUUUCACUGAGGCUUCAGCGCAUUUUGUUCGACUCUGUGCGAACAAGCCAAUUCAUUUCAUUGUGAGUACUCUUAUAGUUUCCUCUGUGUUCUAUCUUACUAUUUUUGAUCAUUACAUUUCAAAAGUGAAUAAUGCCAGUUAUAAUUCGCUUACAUUCUAUCAUGCUCCUGGUAACACAAAUUCCUCUCAAUGGAAUAUUGUCGCCAAUGAUACUGAGUUCAACUUCUUGAAUGAGCCAUCAAGUGACUCUCCUGUUUCGCAUUAUAUUGUGACUCCCCUCAUUUUCAGAGCACAUUCAAAGAAUGUCCCAUUACCGGCAAACACUACAUCACUUCUCUCAGGCUCUGAUAGGCACGAAAGAUUUUUCAUUUCGAAUAUUUCUUCCGUUGCCGUUCCACCCGAAACCUUUGAAAAUGUCGACGGCGAUAUUUUUAAGUUGAGACCAAGCAAUAGACUUGGACGCUAUUAUGAAUAUUUCAAGAGUAUGGCUUCUAUAAUAAAAAAUGCUGCUGCGGGUGCGGAACCUUUAGACCUUAUUAUGGUGGCUCUUGCAUAUGCUGCAAUGUUGUUUUCAGUCAUACAACUUUUCUAUGAGAUGCGUCGUGCUGGAUCGAAGUUUUGGCUUGCCUUUGGAUCCUUACUUUCAAGUGUGAUAGCCUUCUUGUUUGCUAUCAUUAUUUGUACAGAAAUUUUUGGUAUUGACCUCCCAUUGGCAUCGAUGUCUGAAGGUAUUCCAUUUCUUGUGGCUGCCGUUGGCUUCCGUCACAAAAUAGCAUACACUGUUCCAAUCAUGAAUGCAAUUCGCAAAAAUCCUAGAAGUAACAUUGCCGAUACGAUGUCAAAAGUUGUCCUGACUACAACUGCUUCCCCAUUAAUCAAAGAGGAGGUUCUUGCUGCAAUAAUUGCAGGUACUGUUGCAAUAUUUUCUUCAAACCUCACGGGUUUGUAUAAUUUUUGCAUACUUAUUGCUGUCUUAAUGAUAACAGAUCUAUUUAUUACUUUCACAUUUUAUUCUGCGAUCAUUUCACUGAAAGCUCAAAUUAAUACCGUGCACCGUCAAAUUGAACUGAGGGAGGCUCUUGAAGAAGAAGGUGUUAGCACAGAUGUUGCAACUUCUGUUGCUGUUGCCAACACAGAUGGCAACCAAAAACAGCUUUUUGAGCAUAAUGGAAGCAUUUGGGUAUUCAAAAUUGUUUUGAUCUUGGGAUUUUUGUGCUUACAUUUGUUUGCGUUGGGUACUUCAUGGCUUUAUGAUGAUUUGAGUGACUUUAGUGCUUCCACGAGUUUAUUCAGCUAUAGUUCAUCUGAGUAUCUGACACACUCAUUGGCUGACAAAGUUCCUAUCGGAAACAAUGGAACUUUAAUCACAGUGAUGCCAGCUAAAAUUUACAGAAGAAUUACUUUAGUGACAAAUUUGGAAGAUCUUCUCUUCGAUUUCAUUAGUAGAAUAAGUUUAGCUAUUAGAGAUCCAUAUGUCUCCAAAUUCUUAUUCAUGGUUGCCGGAGUUUCCAGUGCAAUUAAUGUGUAUUUGCUAAAUGUUGCAAGAAAUCACUUGUUCAUUGAAGCGCAAUCUAGUAUGUCAUCAAAGAAGGUUGAACAAUCAGAGAAUGUUUCUUCGACUAAGUCUGAGAACUCCAGGCCAUUAAGCGUUGAGAAGAAAGCAACAAAGAAUGAAAAGUCUACUAAACCGCAUACAUUUUCUCACUCAAAGAGUAGAAAAGUGGUCUCUGAUUCGGUUGAUUCUUCUACAAACUCUGCAGAUAAUGUUAAGGACCAUGAAAUUGUUGAGGAUAGCUCAGAGGAUGAGUCUGUCAGACCUUUGGAUGAGCUUGUUGAAAUUAUGAAGGCUGGUAAGGUCAGUGAGGAGCUGAAUGAUGCCGAGGUUUGCGAACUUGCCACGCGUGGAAAGAUGCCUCUGUAUGCGUUGGAAAAGCAUCUUGGUGACACUACACGUGCUGUUGUGGUUCGUAGAAAGGCAAUUGCUAAACUGGCAAAUGCUCCUGUGUUAACGAGUGGUCGUGUUCCUUGGAAAGAUUACAACUAUGAUCGUGUCUUUGGUGCUUGUUGUGAAAAUGUUAUUGGUUAUAUACCACUUCCGCUUGGAAUUGCUGGGCCUUUGAUUAUUGAUGGCGUUCCUUAUCAUAUUCCUAUGGCUACCGCUGAAGGAUGUCUUGUUGCUUCUACCAUGCGUGGAUGUAAAGCACUUAAUGCUGGUGGGGGUGUUGAAACUGAAUUGACAUCCGAUGGUAUGACAAGAGGUCCUUGUGUUCGAUUCCCCUCCCUUUCUAGAGCAGGUACCGCAAAAAGAUGGUUAGAUUCAGAAGAAGGUCAGAAGUCUGUUAAAGAGGCAUUUAACUCGACUUCCCGUUUUGCCAGACUUCAGCAUGCACGUACUGCACUAGCUGGAACUCUUCUUUUCAUUAGAUUUAAGACGACUACUGGUGAUGCCAUGGGAAUGAAUAUGAUCUCUAAAGGUGUGGAAUAUGCGCUCAAGUAUAUGCAAGAAAAAUGCGGAUUCGAUGACAUGGAUGUUGUUUCUUUGUCAGGUAAUUAUUGUACGGAUAAGAAGCCAGCUGCAAUCAACUGGAUAGAAGGAAGAGGAAAAAGUGUUGUUGCCGCUGCAACGGUUCCCGCUGAUGUUGUCAAAAAGGUUCUGAAGUCAGAUGUUGAUGCUUUAGUUAAGCUGAAUAUUGAUAAGAAUCUUGUUGGUUCAGCGAUGGCUGGGUCAAUUGGUGGAAACAAUGCACAGGCUGCCAACUUGGUCACUGCUGUUUAUUUGGCAACGGGUCAAGAUCCCGCUCAGAACGUUGAGAGUAGUAGUUGUAUUACCUUGAUGGAAAAGCUUCCUAAUGGAGAUUUAAGCAUUUCUGUUUCAAUGCCUUCUAUCGAAGUUGGUACAAUCGGUGGUGGUACCAUAUUGGAAGCGCAAGCUGCGAUGUUGGAGCUUUUAGGAGUUCGUGGACCAAAUCAAAAACAUCCAGGAGCCAACGCUAGACAAUUGGCAAAGAUUGUUGCAUCUGCUGUUCUUGCCGCUGAGCUUUCUUUGUGCUCUGCUUUGGCUGCAGGUCAUUUGGUUCGUGCUCAUAUGCAACAUAACAGAAAUAGCAACUUGAAAAGUGGGGCCGUCAAGAAAAUUGCCCCUACACCAGCAACAGCUGAUGGUGUAGUGAAAAAGGAUGAUGUUAAAAGAUUGAAACAAGGAUCAAAGAUAUGCAUUAAGUCAUGA